UCUUCCCGCACCACAUAUUGACUACAAACAGGUAUAUAAGUCAACCACAGUUCAUAAACACGACGUAUAUCCCACCUCACGUGUCCCCCGCUAACCAAGACUUGCUGCCCCUCAUUCAAGUCUCUAUCAUGUAUAUCUUCCUGGAACCCGUCCACGAAAGCACCAUUGAUCUACAGAGGAUCCAGGUGUAUAUUGAUGCUUCCAACGAUUUUCUAGACCUACAACACAGACUCAGCUUGCUCCUAAAUGAUAUACAGAGCGAAAUGGCUCGCAUGGUCAACGACUCCAUCGCUCAAGCGUCCUGCUCCUCCUCCACCCCGUUCCCCAUUAGGAACACGUACAACCACGAGUAUGCCUUACAAGAGAACAUCAAACCUUUUAAAGAAUUGAGUAGCUCUUUGACCAGCAUUAUUAUCACCUUGCAGAUCUUGGGAUUGCCGUUGGAUCAGCAAAACUUCUUCAUUCACUGGAUGAAGGUGCUCUACAAUACCGUAUCUGUCAAAGUGAACUCCACUACUUCUCUUGGUCCGCUGUCUCCCACUUCCUCCAUAAUCAAAAACUACCGGAAAAAUGAGAUAUUAGAAGCCACCAUCAGCGAGUUCCAGCCGUUCCCGGAGAUUAUCCACUUGGCCAUUAACCGCAGCAAGAUCACCUUGAAAGAAUUUUUGUACUACUUUGACACCGAAAACUUCUUGACCAACUAUGAGACAUUACGUUCGUACCAACAGGAUGACAAGUUUCACCACCUAGGUCAUAGCCAACCCCAGGACCAGUUUUACAACUACCAGGUCACCGUGGACAAGCUCUCUGCUAAGAGAAAAAGGGGCUUUGAGGAGGUUGACGAAGCCCUCACUGUGGAUGACAAGAGAUUGCGGAUAUAGGACACCCAUUAGGGUGCCAAGAAGUGUGCGUAUUUUUACGUGGUUCAUCUAAAUUGGGGUGAAACAAUUUAAUUGACUCUUGUGUGGAUGUAUCUAUAGCAUAUAUUUUUGAGCUCAUUGUUAAGGGUUAGCAAUGCAUGCUCAAGAGUCUAGCACCAUUGUUUCGACCCCCGCUGAUUUCCGCAAACCCUGUGGAAAGUUUUCAAAGUGUCUAGUUGAAUAUUAUCCUCUUGAGUAUUUAUCUAUAAUCCAUCAGAUGCUAGACAAUU